AUGCCAAGCCUAGCUGGUCUGAAUCUCCUACGCUCCGAUGUUAGCGGUAGUCGAGCAUUUGCCCGCAAAGGACCCAUCGGCGGAAAAGGCGGGAAGGGAAUAGGCCUCGGAAGAGGCAAGACAGCUGCCCGUCACCGCAAGGUUCUGCGUGACAACAUCCAAGGGAUCACCAAAGGUGCGAUCCGGCGCAUGGCACGUCGAGGCGGCGUCAAGCGUAUCUCUGCGGCCAUCUACGAUGAGGUUCGCACCACGCUGAGGGUAUUCCUAGAAGGCGUGCUCAGGGACACGGUUGGAGUGGUAGAGCACUGCCAGCGGAAGACCGUUACUGUUCAGGACGUGGUCUUCGCUCUCAACCGUCAAGGCAGGACGCUUUACGGUUUCGGUGACGCCGUGCGGUAG